AACCGCGCUCAUGCAUAAAAAGAAAGUUUUUUCCUUCUUAAGGUUGUUUUCUUUUUUUAUAUAUGAAGGCAUAUAAGGGAGCUUUCAAAUUUUGAUUGUUGUGGAAGUAGGGAUUUUUCCCACAUUUGCGCACCGCCACCGUCCAUCCAUCCAGUUGGACGGGCAGGUUUGUAUUCGGGUAACUGCGUUCACACGUAAAAAGAAAGUUCUUUCCUUCUUAGGACUGUUUUUCUUUUCUUUUCUUUUUCUUGAUCUAUUGUUUUUGAGUUAUUUUUCAUUCGGUUCCAAUCCGUUAUCUGGCAAGUGCAUGUUCGGAUGUUGUGUUAACCCUCGAGGAGCUAUCAGCUUGUAGCGAUUUAACAUUGAGGUCAUGCUAUUUUUGCUUUCAAGGCAAUGGGUUCCUCCACGAUACAACGAUCUAUUUUUGGUUUAUCAAGUAUUAGCCGAUAUAGCACAAUGCAAAAGAAUCUGUAGAUAUAGCAAAGUUUAGAUCCAGCUAUAAGAGUCUAUCGCUGAUAGGAGUAUAUUACCAACAGAUUUUGCUAUAUUUGCAAUUAUCUAUAUACUUAAUUGUUAGCUCUCGAAGUGCUACUCAGUACCAUAAGGUUAUCACACAAAAGUAUGAAAGAGAGAGAGAGAGACCAGAAGCAAUGUAAAUAAAUGGAGUAUUAGGUAGAAAUGAGAGUUUUAAGUUAAAAGAAGAAGGACGGGGGUUGGUGUGUGGGUGAUCGAAAGCAGUGUCUGCAUGCACCUGUUAUUGUCAUUAUAUCUUAUUAAAAAUCCCUUCUGUGUAUUACCUUUUCAAAAGGCAGCACAAAUAGAAAAAUAUCUAUAACUCUUUUGGACAAUUAUAUAAUCAACCACAAGCUUGUAGGUUUUUGAGCACUAAUAAGGCUGUUUGGAGGGAUGGAGCGGGGGAGAACUAGUCUUGGGGCUGUGUGGGGGUGGCUUUUCGUUGCCUUCUGGGUGGCGACCGACGGCUUCCCGGCCGAGGAUCUUGUCGAGAGGCUUCCCGGCCAGCCAACGGUCGGUUUCAGACAAUUUGCAGGUUAUGUCGAUGUUGAUGUCGAUGCCGGAAGAAGUUUGUUUUACUACUUUGCUGAAGCUCAGCAAGAUCCCCAUCUCCUGCCCCUCACUCUUUGGCUCAAUGGAGGUCCAGGUUGCUCUUCAGUUGGCGGGGGAGCCUUUACAGAGUUGGGACCCUUUUAUCCUAAAGGUGAUGGUCGAGGCCUUCGAAGAAACUCCAUGUCCUGGAAUAAAGCCUCUAAUCUACUGUUUGUGGAGUCUCCUGCUGGGGUAGGAUGGUCAUACUCAAACAGAACGUCUGACUACACUUGUGGCGAUGACUCUACAGCCAGAGAUAUGCUCACCUUUAUGUUGAAAUGGUAUGACAAGUUUCCAGCUUUCAGAGAUAGGUCAUUUUUCCUCACAGGAGAAAGUUAUGCAGGCCAUUACAUUCCUCAACUAGCUGAUGCUAUACUGGACUAUAACAUUCACUCAAAGGGCUUCAAGUUCAAUAUCAAGGGAGUUGCUAUUGGGAACCCAUUACUUAAUCUGGACAGAGAUGCACAAGCUACCUACGAGUUCUUUUGGUCUCAUGGGAUGAUUUCUGAUGAAGUUUGGCUUGCAAUCACUAGAGAAUGUGAUUUUGAUGAUUAUGUGUUGACAAAUCCCCACAAUGUAACCAAAUCGUGCAACGAUGCCAUCGCCGAUGCCAAUGGCAUUGUUGGCGAGUACAUAAACAACUACGAUGUUCUUUUGGAUGUUUGCUACCCCUCCAUUGUCGAGCAAGAGCUAAGAUUGCAGAAACUGGCAACUAAAAUAAGCAUGGGAGUUGAUGUGUGCAUGACCUAUGAAAGGCGUUUCUAUUUCAAUUUACCAGAAGUUCAAAAAGCUCUUCAUGCCAAUCGUACUAACUUGCCUUAUGAAUGGUCCAUGUGCAGUGACACAUUAGACUACAAUUACAAUGAUACAAACAUCAACAUGCUUCCCUUACUGAAGAGAAUAAUCCAAAACCACAUCCCUGUUUGGAUCUUCAGUGGGGAUGAGGAUUCAGUGGUGCCAUUGCUGGGGUCUAGGACACUAGUCCGAGAGUUGGCUCAUGACCUUAAAUUCAAAGUCACAGUACCCUACGGAGCUUGGUUUCACAAGGGCCAGGUCGGCGGCUGGGCCAUCGAGUACGGCAACAAACUCACAUUUGCAACGGUGCGCGGGGCGUCUCAUAUGGUGCCCUUCGCCCAACCCUCUAGAGCUCUGCAUUUGUUCUCUUCAUUUGUAAAAGGGAGGAGGCUUCCCAAUUCUACUCGCCCUUCUAUUGAUGAUUAAACAAACACAAACUAAUAUAAUUUCAUUGUGUUUGUUUUGUUGGUUUAAUAAUAAUUCAAAAGAGUAGAAUGUAAUGCAAGAUUUUCACCACUCA